AUGGGUAGAGGCACUGCAUUUGAAGUUACCACAGAUAUGAAUCAUUGUAAUAUAGGACUUGUAAAAUGGUUUGAUAAUAAAGCAGUUACUCUUGGUUCUAAUUACGUAACAUCUGGGGAUGUUGACAAAGUUGAGCGUUGGGACAAAAAGAAAAAGGCAUAUGUAGAAAUCGAAAGACCAGAAAUUGAAUAUCAGACUAAACUUAGUGAUCGACAUCUCAAUUAUCUUCAAGACUUAAAUUCCUUAAAAUUUAAAUGUAAUGAUAGCCAAGAUAUGGAUCAACAAUUUAUUUUGGAUGUAAUUGACCUUAUCUCCGAUGAUGAUAGUGUUGUUGAAACCAGCCUACCAAAAAUAACUAAAAAAAUGAAUUUAAAUAGAAUAAAUUACAUUCAGUCGGAUCGUCAAGAUAUUAUAUUUCCUGGAUACAAUAUAGAGGUUUUUACAGAACUAGUAAAUUAUUUUUCUAGCAAACAAAAAAAUGAUAAACUACAAUGUCAACAUUCUAUUUUUUGUACAAUGGGAAAUGUAUUAAAUGUAUUUAAUCCACAUACAUGGAUGACAGAAUCUUUAAUGGAACAUUAUUUUAGUCUUCUGGCCAAAAGUUGUUCGGACCAAUUAAUACUGAGCUUAGAACCAGUUUUUUUUAAGGAUCUAAUAAAGGGUGGGUUUGACAAAGCUACCAAGUCAAUGAGAGCCCCAAUAACAAAUGUAUUUGCUUAUGAUAAGCUUAUAACUCCCAUAUUCCUAGAAGGCAAUCACUGGACCUUCACUGUGCCGGAUGAUGAACAAGAAUUAGAUUGGACAUUAAACUUUGGGGAAUCCCCUUUGCAAAAUAAUACAUAUGAUUGUGGUGUAUUUACAUGCACAAAUGCCAGGCAUGUUUUACUAGGAAAACCAUUAUACUUCACCCAGGACGAUGCACCACUCUUAAGACACAGAAUCACUGAUAGCCAAGAUAUGGAUCAACAAUUUAUUUUGGAUGUAAUUGACCUUAUCUCCGAUGAUGAUAGUGUUGUUGAAACCAGCCUACCAAAAAUAACUAAAAAAAUGAAUUUAAAUAGAAUAAAUUACAUUCAGUCGGAUCGUCAAGAUAUUAUAUUUCCUGGAUACAAUAUAGAGGUUUUUACAGAACUAGUAAAUUAUUUUUCUAGCAAACAAAAAAAUGAUAAACUACAAUGUCAACAUUCUAUUUUUUGUACAAUGGGAAAUGUAUUAAAUGUAUUUAAUCCACAUACAUGGAUGACAGAAUCUUUAAUGGAACAUUAUUUUAGUCUUCUGGCCAAAAGUUGUUCGGACCAAUUAAUACUGAGCUUAGCACCAGUUUUUUUUAAGGAUCUAUUAAGGGGUGGGUUUGACAAAGCUACCAAGUCAAUGAGAGCCACAAUAAAAAAUGUAUUUGCUUAUGAUAAGCUUAUAACUCCCACAUACUUAGAAGGUAAUCACUGGACCUUCACUGUGGUGAAUAUUAAGAAUCGUAGCAUAACUUUGUAUGAUAGCGUAAAAACAAGUUAUUAUGAAGAUCAAAUUAAUUUAUUAGUUGAAUUUUUGAUCGAGGCAUACAAGAAAUAUGAGAAGCCGGAUAAUGAACAACCAUUACAAUGGACAUUAAACUUUGGGAAUUGUCCGUUGCAAAAUAAUACCUAUGAUUGUGGUGUAUUUACAUGCACGAAUGCCAGACAUGUUUUAUUAGGAAAACCAUUAUACUACAGUCAGGAAGAUACUCCACUCUUACGACAUAGAAUCACAUAUGAAAUCUUACAUAAUGUGUUGUUACCUACUCCGGAUACUCUAUAA